AUGACAACCGUUUCACUCUCUCCUCAGGCGAUUGCGAACCUUCGCACCAUCAUCGACAAUGCGUGUGCAGAUGAAAAUAUUGGCCUCCCUUGCGCCAAUGUCAUGGUUGUCGGCAAAGGAGAUGGUUCUACAUGUGAACUUUUCAGCCAUUCCGCUGGAGUGAAGGGUGCGGAAGACCGGCAGCUCUGCGACGGCGAAGAUGAUAUAUACUGGUUAGCUUCGUGCACCAAAUUGGUAACCGGCAUUGCAUGCAUGCAGCUUGUUGAGCAAGGUAAGCUUGGCCUCGACGAUGCGGACCAAGUGGAAACCCUUUGCCCGGAAUUAAAAGAAGUCAGUGUCCUUCAAGAAGAUGGAUCCAAGGCAGAGAAAAAACGGGGAAUCACAUUGAGAAUGCUACUGACUCAUACCGCUGGUUUCGGAUAUUCAUUCCUGAAUCGAAAACUGCGGUCAUACUUUCUAGAACAUUGCGGCUAUAUCCCUGAGUACAAUGAGUUCUCGGGCUACAUGCAUGACUUCUAUCAGCCACUAGUCAACCAACCAGGGGAACGAUUUGAAUAUGGCAUCAACAUUGACUGGGCAGGUAUACUCGUCGAACGUGUUACGGGGAUUUGGCUCAACGAUUACAUGCAACAAUUCAUUUUUGCGCCCCUGGAAGUCCACGACGUUUCCAUGAUUCCUUCAGCACAUAUGAAAGAGCGACUAGUAGGUCUGUGGCAUCGCAGCGCAGGAGGCCACCUUUUACGUCGAGAUUACCCUCUAAACAAGCCGCUAGACGUCAAAGAAGCUGCGGAGAUAUUUCACAGCGGUGGUGCGGGCUUGUUUGGGAGCAUCCGAGAGUUCAGCAAGAUUCUUGUGGCUCUCCUUAACGAUGGCCGUUCACCUCAAACCGGCCAGCAAGUCCUCUCUCCCAGAACAGUAAAAGAAAUGUUUACGAAUCAAAUUCAUCAACACCCAGACUUCGCUCGACAGCCUUUAUCUGCCAUGAAGCCCGAUCUGGUCUCUCCCUGCAAAGAGCUAUAUCCACUCUGCCCGACUCCCACACCACAGGGAUGGGGUCUUACAUUCAUGAUCUCUCCCGGCGUGACCGGCCGCUCAGAUACGACAGCUCACUGGUCAGGGCUGUCCAAUGUCUUCUGGUGGUGUGAUCGAGAAAGAGGUGUCGCUGGGAUUGUUGGAUCACAGGUCCUUCCGUUUGUUGACCCAGAAGCUGGUCUCCUAUGGGCGAGUGUGGAGGCGGCAGUGUAUGAAGGUCUACAGGGAGCAUAG